AUGGAGCGGCAGUGCUCCGGCGCGGCCGGGAAGCCCAGCGCGGGCAGCCGGACGGCCCCGGACGGCGCGCGGGGCGCAGGGCCGUCGUCGUCGUCGGUGGGCGCCCUGCAGCGCGGGGGCAGCCAGAGCGCCGAGCCGGACGAGCUGAUCCGCAGGGCUCUGGAUUUCAAGAGCCAAGGCGCGCAGUGCUACAAGGAGAAGAAAUUCCGCGAGGCCAUCGGCAAGUACCACCGCGCGCUGCUGGAGCUCAAGGGGCUGCUGCUGGCCCAGGAGGAGGACGACGACGUCGGGGACGGAGACCCCGCCGCCUCGCCCUCGUCCUCCUCAUCUGGCGGCGGCGGCGGCGGCUUGGGCAGAAGCCUCACGGGCGAGCAGAGCCAGCUGCUGGAGAGCAUCGAGAUCGACUGUUACAACAGCUUGGCAGCCUGCCUCCUUCAAGCUGAGCUGGUGAAUUAUGAGAGAGUCAAGGAAUAUUGCCUGAAAGUACUGAAGAAGGAAGGAGAGAACUUCAAGGCACUCUAUCGGUCAGGCGUAGCGUUCUACCACCUGGGAGACUACAACAAGGCACUUUACUACUUGAAAGAAGCAAGGUCCCGACAGCCAACAGAUACCAACGUCGUGCGGUACAUCCAGUUGACAGAGAUGAAGCUGAGCAGAUGUUCCCAGAGGGAAAAAGAAGCUUUGUGAGAAGGCGUCGGACUGCAUGAGAGGAUGUUUCCUCCCCUGAACGCCCCUCAAGCGGACUUUUCCUCUCUCAUGGCUCCACCUUAGCUGACAGUCUCUUCCCACCAACUUCCUGCUUUACUUUUGAUCCCAGCUGGAGUGGGGUGGGGUGGGGUUGUUCAUUGGUAUUAGAAAGAAGAGACUCAAAAUCCUGGUUCUGGCUUUGGCUGCUUGACGGCACAAAUCGAAGCCCUCAAAGCACAAUCGAUACAGCCAAUGGCCUUCCGGGACUUCUGGCCAAAGGUUCAAAGGGAGCAAUGGAAGGCCAUCUCCUCCACCUUGUGCUUUUACCAUUCGCUGCUGCUGUCACACUCACCAGCAAACAGAAGGAUGAUCAGCCUUUCUUCUCAAAUCCAGAGGCAGCAAGGAGGGCUGAGAGUCUGCAGCCGCCUCACUAGAACCAGACCCCCGUUGGGCAGCUUCCUACACCUGCAGAUUUUUAAGUUGCAGCAAAAAGCGGCCUCCUAUCCCACAGAGGCUUAUUUGGCAAUACAUUCUGAUGAAAGCACACUGGGGAGAAAUGUACUUUAAGCAAGUACUUUAUAGAGUCCAAAAACUAGGUGGGGCUUUAGGGAUAUGGAAGAACCUGAAACAGAAUGUGAAAGGACACUGUAUUGUUUGGGGAAUGAAACUGUGGAAUGGUUAACUAAUAUCAAAUACAUGUUGUUUAACAGGCAGCAACCCCAUAUAUUAUAAUAAUAAUAAUAAUAAUAUUUUUUGGAAGGUGCACCUGGUCCCUUUGACCUGAAGAGGCAGCAUGACCAUGUAACUAGUCUCAGCUCAGACAGUGCAAACUGGAGCACCAAAUUAUGAUUUUGCCAUCAUCUCGAUAACCACCCGUGGGCAAGUCACUUACCCUUUCUGUGCCUCAGUUUCUCCAUCUGUACAGUGGGGACUAGAAUGCCUCCCUACCUCACAGGGGGUGUUGUGAGGAUUUGUUUAGUUGAUGUUUGUACAGUGCUAAAUAUUAUUAUUGGUACGCUG